AUUCAAAAGAUGCCAGGCUCGGGUUAUCCAAACAACGCCUUUGACCGCCUCCGUAUCUUCUCUCCCUCGAUUGUUGAUGACUCGAGCACAACAUUGCGCUAACUUAAUUCUUCAAGCCAUCGCUGGAACAACGGCCGAGCGGGUUCCUCGGCACACACACCAACUUCGUGUGUUCCCAUUUCCGCGAAAGUUGCCCCUUUAUGACCUAUCAUACAUGUUGGCCAGGCCUUGGUGGGAACAAAGAUCCAUAAAGCUCCAAAGACAACCAGUCCAAACUCAGCACAGCUCAUCAACUCUCCACAUUGACCUUGUCGACUCUCUUUAAGCCAAAUCAGAAUCAUGGCAGAAACGGAAGUAGUGGGUGUCCCGGCAAACCAGAAAGUUGAAAGGGUGCUCAAGACAGUUCGCAAUGAGACGUUUGCCCAGAAAGCCGAAGCUUUGAAGCCCAAACUCCACGAAUGGGUCGAUCAUCCCUUGUCCGUCGUCGAAUUCCAGCCAGAUCCAGAAGCUUUCUUCAAGUGCACGCCAGUACGGACACAUACGAUUGAAGAAUUGUCAACCUUGUCUUAUGGGAAAGGCGACGAAGUAAUCCUCGACUUCGGAUCUCAUCGCGUUGGAUAUCUCUCCUUCCACGUCGGUGUCGAAGGCGUGAAUGUUGAUGCUCCAGCCAGACUACGGCUCACUUUCGGGGAGAUCCCUUACGAUGUCACCGAGAACCUGCAUCCAUGUGAAACUUGGAUCAGUACCAGCUGGCUUCCGGACGAGGUCAUCAACGUGGACUGGCUUCCCACGGAUGUUGAUAUGCCGCGACGAUAUUCCUUCCGCUAUCUCAAAAUCGAAGUCAUCGACACUUCACCGAAGUACAAGGUCCGAUUUCUGGACAUCAAAGUUCGAGCCGUGAGCGCUAUCUCUCCACUGGUGGCAGCAGGAGUACCAAAACUCGAGGGCAAUGAUGACGAGCUGAUCGGUAUUGACCGAAUCAGUCAAGUCACCUUGAGAGACUGCAUGCAAACAGUUUUUGAGGACGGACCUCGACGCGAUCGAAGAGUAUGGCUUGGCGACCUUCGGCUUCAGGCUUUGGCAAACUAUUGCACCUUCAAAGACUACGAUCUUGUGAAACGCUGCCUGUAUCUCUUUGCUGCUCUGCCACGAGAAGACGGAAGCCUUCCGGCCUGUCUGUUCGAGAAACCAAAGCUCUCGCCAGCCUCAGACUACAUUGUCGACUACGAUUCAUUGUUUGGACCGAUUGUGUAUGAUUAUGCCGUUGCUUCAGGAGAUCUCGAAACGGCCGUUGAACUGUGGCCCACCAUACUCGGCAGCAUGAAGAUAGCAUUGGCACAUCUCGAUGAGAAUGGGAGGUUCACCUCCGAUGCCGCUGCGGGGUGGAAGUUCCUGGACUGGUCAGAUGGCCUCGAGACUGAUGCUGGGAUGCAUGGACUGGUACUGUUCUGCUGCAAAGAGAUCAAUAGGCUUGCGACACUGAUCGGGAAACCUGUGCCAUUCGCAGAAGUUGUGUCAAAAAUGAUUGUUGGAGCAUCAUCGUUUUAUGACGACUCUCUCGGAGUCUUCGUGAGCGGUCCGGCUCGUCAAGUUUCCUGGUCCAGCCAAGCAUGGCUUGGACUGGCCGGCGCGAUGGACCCUCAAAUAUGUUUGAAAGCUAUCACUACCGCCAUGGCAGAUCCUAAAGCAGUGAAGCCACUCACUCCUUAUGCAUACCACCAUGUUGCAGAAAGUCUCGCUCGGAACGGAGGGGAUGAACAAUGUUUGAGGCUGAUGAGGGAAUAUUGGGGUGGGAUGGUAAGAGCUGGUGCAGACACUUUUUGGGAAUGCUUUGACGCCGAGGACUCGAGGAGAAGUCCGUAUGGUGAUUGCCACAACAACAGCUACUGUCACGCGUGGAGUUGCACGCCCAGCUAUCUGUUGAGGGUAGUAUUGAAGGAUUUUCUUGCCGGAACUUAA